AAUCAUCGACGGCGUCUCGUUGCUUACAUUCAUUCUGUCUUUGAAAGUUUUACUGUGUUGGAAGUCGGUCUUGAAUAUUUCUGCUUUUCUGCAUUGGCUUCAAGUUCACAUAUCAAGACAUUUCGAAGAAAAAAAUUGAUUCGAGUCAAUAGCCAAGUUUAAAGCAUUGAAUGCACAUGUUACAAAGUCGCAAUUGCAAUAAUUCUUAAUUGAUUUAAUAACGCGCGUGCAUACAUACAUAUGUGCAUAGAUGUGUGUGUAACAAAUUAAAUAUAUUUGCGUAUUAAAGUGCUUAGAAACAACUAACUAUUGCAAAAGGUUGAAGUGAUUUUUUAGAAUACACAUUUAACAACAUUUCCGUGUGUACAAUUUACAAACAUACAUAUAUAGCAUUUUUACCACUGCCAAGAUCGUGUCGACGAAAUGAGUUUGGGCGGGGAAAAAUCGUUCAAAAUGCGGAUGCGCGACAUGGAAAACGCUUUCAAAUACCGCCGAAUACCAUACCCAAAACGAUCCGUUGAACUCAUCGCUAUUUUGGCAAUAUCCUGCACAUUUUUCCUUUUCAUGCAUACAAAUAAACUAAACAGCCGCCUCAAAGAGAUGGAAAUCAAACUGCAACCAUCGGAGUUCUCAGCGCUCGGCUUAACUGGCAAUCAAAUAAGUCCAAGGGAGUCAUCAAGACGUGAUAAUAUCAACACACUUCAUGGCACCUAUCAAUAUCUCAAGAGCACCGGCCAGAUGCAAUCAUUAAAUGCACUAGAGCUGAACAACACGAGAAAAGCCGAAUUGGGUAUAGUUUUCUUUAAUCGAGUGCCAAAAGUUGGCAGUCAAACAUUUAUGGAACUUUUACGUCGCCUAUCGGAGCGAAAUAAUUUUCAAUUUCAUCGAGAUGCAGUGCAAAAGGUGGAAACGAUACGCCUGGCCGAUGAUCAGCAGCAAGAGCUUGCCGAAGUGAUUAGCGAUCUACCUGAACCAUCUGUUUUCAUCAAGCACGUAUGCUACACGAAUUUUACAAAAUUCAAUUUGCCCAUGCCGAUUUAUGUGAAUGUCGUGAGAGAUCCCAUUGAACGUGUGAUUAGUUGGUUUUACUAUGUACGGGCUCCCUGGUACUUUGUCGAACGUAAAGCUGCCUUUCCCGAUUUACCGCUACCACACCCCGCAUGGUUGAAAAAAGAUUUCGAGACUUGUGUGCUAUCCGGCGAUCAGGAAUGUACCUAUACGCAGGGUGUGACCGUGGAAGGUAUAGGUGAUCACCGGCGACAGAGUCUAUUCUUCUGUGGUCAUGCAUAUGAAUGCACCCCCUUCAAUACGGUGGGUGCAUUGGAGCGCGCCAAGUUCGCUGUAGAGAGUCAAUAUGCUGUUGUGGGUGUUCUGGAGGAUAUGAAUACGACCUUAUCUGUAUUUGAGAAAUAUAUACCACGGUUCUUUGAAGGUGUUCGAGAUAUUUACCAAAGUAGCGCUGAGUACUUAACGAAGAUCAAUAAGAACAACUUCAAGCCGCCAGUGAGUGAGAAGGUGAAAAAUAUAGUGCGACAUAAUUUCACAAACGAGAUCGAGUUCUAUCAGUUCUGCUUACAACGGUUGCACAAACAGUACCUUGCCACACAUAUUCCACAGAAGAUUUUGGCACCUUAAGAACUGUUCUCGCAUAUGACUGAUGGAUUGUUGUUAUUGCAUUGUUGUACACUACAUAGUUGCUGUGCAUGGCUAAAUGUCAGAUUUCCAGUGAGAUUUCGCAGAGACACAAGGAGCAAAUCUUGAUCAGCUUAUUUGUAAAUAGCUGGAAUAAAUUAUAAUUAUUAUUAUUUUGUUUUAUUUA